AUUUCAAUUCAUAUGAUCUUGUUAAUGUUUUAAAAUUUAAAAUUUGAAAUUUGUAUUUCGGUUUCAAUACUCUAAUUAUGAAUCAAAUUCUAACAACUUCUUUAUUGGUUAUAAUUGCAUUUGUGAAUAUAUCAGCCCUCGAUCUAAAUUGCAAUUUACACAGUGGAUUCUGUGAUCAAUGCGUCAAGGCUUCAACCAGAUGUUACUUCUGUUCUUCGGAUAGGAUAUGUAGGCCUUACCCUUACAGGCAAGGAUUCCCCACCCUGGCUGGCGAAUGCAAUUUAAGGGACGCGCAUUGGGCCACCUGUUCAAUAAAUUUACUCAUCAUCGUGAUUUUGAUUGGCAUUGGACUGGUUCUUUUAUUAUUAUCCUUCUUGUCCUGUUGUUGUUGGUGUUGGAUCCGCAACAGAAGGAGACGUCAAAGACAAUGGCAACGAUUAGAGGAUAAGCAGAAGCGAGAGAAGGAAGAAAGGGAAGCCAUACAUCAAGAAAAGCAAGUCGAAAGGAAAGCAAAAUGGGAUGGCAUGAGACAAAAAUAUGGUAUAGCCAAUCAAGAAGAAGACUAAAGCAAUCGAUUUUAUUUAAUAUAACUUACCAAACAACCAAAAAAAAGAGAAAAUUUUUAUAAAACAGUAUUUAUUAUAUAUUUUUUAUUAUUAUCGUACCUGUAAUAUAAGAGAAACGCGGCUAUAUUUAAAAGAAAUAUGAAUUUUUAAUUAUAGUCAUACAUACUCAUAUGCAUAAUUCCUAUCUUAUCGGACUUAGUCAUUUACUCAUUGGAUUCCUUUGUUUAAAUUUUAUGUAUAAACAUUCCGCAUUUUUUAUAAAUUCUAUUAAGUAUUUAAUACUAUAUCUGGCAAGGGCUUAGAGCAAUUUAGGAUGAUCUCCUAUAUUUAACUCAUUCUGUAACAUUUCCAAUUCAUUAAUAGCCUUUAUUUUUUUAUAAAAUGUUUUUUUCAUUAAUGAUUUUACAUAAUUUUUCCUCUUUAUAAAUUAAGAAACCCUAUAUAUCAAUUUCAAUUCCGAAUUUAAUUCAUAAUUAUUAUUUUUUAAAAUUAUUAUUUGGAUUUAUGAGUUAGAUUUUUUUUAUAUAAGAAAAUAUAUCAUAUA